CACAUAACGGAAACGGGUAUCAAGUCAGGCAUGCGCGUGAUGCAAAAGCAGGAAAAAAGCCCGAGAAACACGCAGGGUUUAUGGAAGUGUAGUAGAGUCGCUUUGGCCACCAAAACGCCGUUUGCUUUCAACGAGCUUCACCGCAACCUGGGAGCAUUUUUUCACUUUCUGCGGACUUGGAGGCUACAGCCACAGCUGAAAACACGACGCACUCAUGAAGGCGUUUUUCGCUACCAGACGUGAGAGAAGAAAAAGUUUUCGAAAAACUACGCAAAUCUUUAAUCCAGAUCAGUUCAGGAAUCUGGAAUUUCAGGGAUUUAAAGCAUUUGAGUGAACACCGGAUUCGGAAAACACUUUAACCAGCUUCGUCUUUGGAAGUUUUUUUGUUUCUCAUAGACGAGUGAGAAGACGCCUUUUCUGAAUAUAUCCAGAGCUUGAACAGCAGGCAUGGGACGUGAACACAGAGACUGUUUCUAGGAUGACAGCGGCUCUGUCGAGCUUCAAGAUGAGAUCCUGAUAACUCAGUUGAGACAUUCUCUAAUACACUUUUUAGUGCAAUGUGCACACCAGAGAGCACCACUGGUACUGUAUAACGAGAGCAUAAUUAUACUUAUUAGUGUAUAAUUAUGCUAUUGGGAUUACUAUAUUAGUGUGUGAAUUCAGAACACAAAUAUCACACAUACUUUAUAGCCUAUGCAAGAGGACUGUACGAGACUGUGACAGUUCAGACACUGUUGGCGUACUAUAUCAGCGACAGAUGUGCAGAUAAAACUCUUAUUAUCUCAGAAAAUCAGUGGUGUUGAGACACAGGUUUCAGGCUCAUCACCUUUAGGUUUUCCUCAGCAGUCAUCUCAGUGGUAGGAGGCAAACCAAUGUCUGCCUGCAGUAGCACACCUCCUCCACCCUUGCCCAAAGCCUACCUCCACUCCCAGCCUACACCCCCGACCCCAUCCCCAAGUCCUCCAGUGGCCCUGUAUGGCCGCCUGUCCAACGGCAGUCACAGCGCUCCAAGCCCAACACUCUCCAGAGGUCUGGAUGGACUCUCCUUUCUCCUUCAGAUUGGCCUCACCAGGGAGACAGUCAGCCUGGAGCCACAUGACCUGUCACUCAAUGCUGUGAAAGACCUGGUCUGUUCCAUUGUCGACCAAAAGUUCCCAGAAUGCGGAUUCUUCGGUAUGUAUGACAAGAUCCUGCUCUUCCGCCAUGACCUGAACACUGACAACAUUCUGCAGCGACUUACGUCGGCAGAGGACAUCCAUGAGGGAGACCUGAUUGAGGUGGUCCUCUCAGCUCAGGCUACAGUGGAAGACUUUCAGAUCCGGCCUCAUGCCCUCUAUGUGCACUCAUACAAGGCCCCUACCUUCUGUGACUACUGUGGGGAGAUGCUGUGGGGUCUCGUUCGUCAGGGCCUCAAAUGUGAAGGUUGUGGUCUGAAUUAUCACAAGCGAUGUGCCUUUAAGAUUCCAAACAACUGUAGUGGAGUCAGGAAGAGGCGUCUGUCCAAUGUGUCUCUGCCAGGUCCAUCACUGUCUGUCCCGCGGCCCCUACCAACAGAAAAUGCAGCCGUGACCCUGGAGGAGCAACAGCGCCCCCAUCAGGAAGCAGGGAAGCGGAUCCCAUCCUGGAGCGGUCGGCCCAUCUGGAUGGAAAAGAUGGUGCUGGGGAGGGUGAAAGUGCCACACACUUUUGUCAUCCACACGUACACACGCCCCACCAUAUGCCAGUACUGCAAACGCCUGCUCAAAGGCCUGUUUCGCCAGGGCAUGCAGUGCAAGGAUUGCAAAUUUAACUGCCACAAGCGGUGUGCAUCUAAGGUACCAAAAGACUGUCUUGGGGAAGUAGUCUUCAAUGGAGAGCCAGCCAGUCCAGCGCCUGAUUCAGACACCACUAUGGAGGUAGAUAUCAGUGAUGUAAACAGUGACAGCAGCAGAGGCCAGGAUGACUCUGAAGAGCCCUCUACUCCUGAAGACAAGAUCUUCCGGGACUAUCCGUUCUCAGACCAGGAUAAAGAUGAGGAGCCUGUCAAAGCUCCUCAGAUCAGCCCAUCCACUAGCACUAAUAUCCCAUUGAUGCGCGUAGUGCAGUCCAUUAAACACACCAAGAGACGAAGCUCUACUGUGGUCAGGGAGGGAUGGAUGGUGCACUACACCAGCAGGGACAACCUUAGAAAAAGACACUAUUGGAGGCUGGACAGCAAAAGCCUGACUUUGUUUCAGAAUGACACAGGUGCCAAGUUCUACAAGGAGAUUCCUCUGUCUGAGAUUCUGCAGGUGGAAGCAGCACGGGAUUUCAGUAGUCUUGCCAUGGGAGGGAAUCCACACUGCUUUGAGAUUAUAACUGCUACUAUGGUCUAUUAUGUUGGGGAGAACACUGGUGGCCACCAUCUUCAUAUGCACAGCCCCAUGCUGGCCGCCUCCGGUGUGGGGCUGGAGGUGGCGCAGGGCUGGGAAAUGGCCAUCCGCCAAGCCCUCAUGCCUGUUCCAGUUACACCUCAGCCAAGUGUGGGUGCUGCUGCUGGCCAGGGCAAGGACCACAAGGAACUGUCCAUGAGCAUUUCUGUAUCUAACAGUCAGAUCCAGGAGAAUGUGGACAUCAGCUCUGUUUACCAGAUCUUUGCUGAUGAGGUGUUGGGAUCAGGCCAGUUUGGCAUUGUAUAUGGAGGAAAGCAUAGAAAGACAGGCAGAGAUGUAGCAAUAAAGGUGAUUGACAAAAUGAGGUUUCCUACAAAACAAGAAAGCCAGCUGAGAAAUGAAGUAGCCAUUUUACAGAACCUGCAGCAUCCUGGGAUUGUGAACUUGGAGUGCAUGUUUGAGACCCCGGAGCGAGUGUUUGUUGUCAUGGAGAAACUGCACGGGGACAUGUUGGAGAUGAUCCUGUCCAGCGAGAAGAGCAGACUGCCCGAGCGCAUCACCAAGUUCCUCGUCACACAGAUUCUGGUGGCUUUGAGACAUCUCCAUUUCAAAAACAUUGUUCAUUGUGAUCUGAAGCCGGAGAAUGUGCUCCUAGCCUCAGCAGAGCCUUUUCCUCAGGUGAAACUGUGUGACUUUGGUUUUGCUCGCAUAAUCGGUGAGAAGUCGUUCCGUCGCUCUGUGGUGGGAACUCCUGCAUAUCUGGCCCCUGAAGUUCUUCGUAGUAAAGGAUACAAUCGCUCACUGGACAUGUGGUCAGUGGGGGUCAUCAUCUACGUCAGCCUGAGUGGUACCUUCCCCUUUAAUGAGGAUGAAGAUAUUAAUGAUCAGAUCCAGAAUGCAGCAUUUAUGUAUCCACCAAUGCCAUGGAAGGAGAUAUCUACAGAAGCUACAGAUCUCAUCAACAACCUUCUUCAAGUGAAGAUGAGGAAGCGGUACAGUGUGGACAAGUCCCUCAGUCAUCCAUGGUUCCAGGACUACCAGACGUGGCUAGACUUGCGGGAGUUUGAGACCCGGCGAGGCGAGCGCUACAUUACUCAUGAGAGCGAUGAUGCACGCUGGGAGGAGUUCGCCGAUGAGCACAGUUUGGUCUACCCUAAACACUUCAUCAUGGCUCCCAACUUAGACGACAUGGAUGAAGACCCCUAGUUACUUUAUGGACUGAAUCUGUGAAGGAGAUCAGUGUCAGACUCUCACUAGAAGGCACCAGCGCCUUAAGGACCUGUAGCUAAAGUGAAUACAGCACUUUUCCGAGGCAGGGGCAGGAUGAGUGUAGGGGCCAAGUGUUACACAAGUGUGAGACCUUGGUUUUCCAGGUCUUACAGUCAAGACCAUUUGUGAUAAAGAUUCUUUUUCUUCUAAUCCUAGUAGGAUACCAUAAAUGUCAGUAUUUUGUGGUUAUGCAUUCUGCCCUCUAGCCCUACCUGUGCUACAUCUCACUGUGCAGAUCUGUUUAUCUUAUUUACAGAUUUAAUGUUAACAAUUUUACAUUCAUAUUUCUAAUAAGAAGAAAGGUAUAAGGGCUUUGGCUAGGUUACAUGUGAAGGAGAGAGAGGAAUGGUGCUAUAAUGAAUUUGACUUAUUCAAGGGCUAAGUUCAAAUAGCCUAUAACAUGAGUAGCCUUGUAUUCUAUAACUGGAAGAUUUUUAGAAGAUUUCUCUAAAAAGCCAUACAGUGACAUUAAGCCAUGGGUUUCCUUAUAACAUUUGUGAAAAAAAGCCAGGAAUAGUACACAAAGAAAGCUUUCAUAUAGAGAAUAGAAAAUACUUAAAACUAUAAUUAUGGCCUCCAAAAUGUAUUUUUGUCCAUUAUUUAAACUAAUCUGAGAGCUGAUAUACAACUAUUCCUCAUCAUUCAAAACACACACCAAUCCUGUAUGUCCUUGUUUUCUUUUUUUUCUUCUUUUUUUUGUUGUUACUUUUUUACUUUUUCAGGUUGUAUGGUUAAUGUUUAUUCCUUCCAUCUCUAGAGAGUAUUUCUGUUGUUCAGGCAGUCAACUUGACUUGAAAUAGCACUACACAUUUGUUAAACACAUCCAGAUCUAACCUAAUAACUGCUAGAAGUCAUGGUUUAACGGUAGUAUUGUAUUUCUUUUUCAUGUGGGCUGUAUGUCAAAGUGAACCAACAUGAAACGUAACAGCAGUAUUCAAAAGAUUUUCCAAAACUGGAGUAAAAUGAUCCAUUUCAGCCAUAAAUACUGAAUUGACUUCAGUAGCAAGCUGUUUUCACUCAGAUCAGUACGAUAUAAGUACAUAUGUACAAACUCACCUUCUUUAUGCACUAUAUGGGAUUGAACAUAUGCAGUAUGGUGAGCAGCUACGAUUUGCCUAUAAAUGUUCCAAUUCAAUUAUUUAUUGAUUACAAUUAGGUAUACAGUACACACUCUGUUCUCAAGGUAUGCCAUAGCACAGAAUAAGGAGCCAUUUUGAGCAGAUCGGGUUUGACUGCUUUUUAAAGUUUGCAUGAGAUGGAGGAUUUUCCAUCACUUUGUCUGGGAGAGGAGGGGAGAUUUGCUCCUCUGGAUCCAUAUAAUCAUUACUUCAUGUUGCCACUGGAUUGGCAGGUGUGAGUGUUUUGUAUAUUUUAGUACAUAAAGAAUUAAAUGCACUACUUCAUGUGUUGGGUCUUCGUUUC